AUGCAAAGGCCAAGAGGCAGAGGAAACCAAAGGAGGAAACCCAAGAGGUGGCUUGGUCUUGGUUUGUGGUUUGAGCUAUUGUCUGGUGCAGCGUACACUGCCAUCCAUCACCAUCACCAAAGACAACACCAACCACUCGACGCAACCCAAACCCCAGAGUUUCCGACGUGGUUGGCAUUCACACUCAGCGAGGCUUUGCUUCGGGUGACGGCACCUCUUCAGUGUGUUCUCGUGCAAUGGAAUGCCAACCAUAUUGCACCAUUCGGUUCUGGCCUCAUUCAUCCCUCUUCACACCGCGGGCUCCGUGGAAAGACAAUAGAGGAAACAGAGAUCCGUACUCGCAAUGCAGUGCUGCCUUCAUUUUUCUCACCUUCGGAACUGGAUCCGGAAUCAGUAAAGUUACCUGUAGACUACUCGUCCGUAUUGGUCGUAUUUGGAAGCUGGAAGCUGGAGGUGGAGGAGAAAGACCGGUCACCGGCCGCACCCAAGUGCUGGUUGCAGCCGAAAAGUGACCAGUCACAAGAUACCUGUUUGUCACUUGGAGCUUGGCCUUGUGUCAUUAGAUCAUGUAUCCAUCCAUACAAUGCUUAG